AUGAAGGCAGCCACGGCUCCGGGACCGGGCCAUGUUUCGGUCGACUUCUUACAAGCUGGAGGAUAUUGCCUAGAAAGGAUACUUGCGGAACAUCUAACGUACUACCUUCAAAAGGAAAGGAUCUCCGACCAGUGGAACACAACUCAUCUUCAUAUGAAGGAGGAUAGGGAGGAUCUUUGGACUACCGUCCGAUAUGCCUACUAA